AUGUCUACCAUUUCCGCGGAACAUCUGCAAGCUCUCCGGAGCGCCAUCGUCGACAAGCCGCCGUACUGCAGCGGUAUCUGUCCAGUGGCUCAAGAUAACUUCCUGCUCUACUACACGACGAAUGGAAACGACGCUCGGCGAAUAGAUUUUGCAAAGGCGACGGACGAGGAACUGAGACACCUCGCCGAAGCCUGCGCGCCGGCCACGUUUGGUCGAAACAGUGAAGACGUGCUGGAUGACUCGUACAGGAAGGCCGGGAAGCUCGACAAGACUGCCUUUGCCACGAACUAUUUCCCCCUUGACCAUGCAGCGCUAAUCAAUGCUCUCCGCUCCGAACUGCUCCAUGGGCACGAUGAACGCAAACCGAUAAGAUUGGAGUUGUACAAGCUCAAUAUCUAUGGCCCCGGUUCGUUCUUCAAACCCCACAAGGAUACGCCGAGGGCAGAGAACAUGUUCGGGUCCCUGGUGAUUGUGUACCCCACGCCACACGAGGGCGGGAUACUCGUCAUCCGUCACGGGGCGAAAGAGUGGGAGUUCGACUCUGGCACUCUCUUGCGGUCGUCAAACGAGCCCUCUCUGGCUUACGCGGCGUUCUACGGGGAUGUCGAGCACGAAGUCACGCCUGUGCAGUCAGGCUAUCGGGUCACCCUGACUUACAACCUCUACUUCGCCGACGCAGACUCGACGGUGAACGAUUCGAGUGUUGCCCGCUCGAUUUCCGGGCAUAUCUAUGAACAAGAGUUCAGAGAGGUAUUCCGGAAGCUCUUGGACGACCCGACGUUCUUGCCCGCCGGCGGGACGUUGGGCUUCGGCCUGCGGUACCAGUACCCGGUCGAGAAGGGGCGGCAGAAGGAGUAUCCUGUGCCCGCAAGGUCGGUCGUGCGUGCUCAGGAGUGCUUGAAGGGCAGCGACGCCGUCGUCAUGAAGGUCGCCAAAGAAUUCUCGCUCGACGCGUCCGUCAAGGCGCUCUACUACGAGGGGCGGAAACAGCUGGCCAUGACCGACAAUUUCGUUCCGACGAAUUACGGGUCGGAUUACGGCGGGAACGAGGACGUUGUCGAGAACAUCGCUCGUUGGGCGGGCGUCUUUGUUCACGACGUGAAUGCCAAGAAGCGCAGGACAAAGCUUACUGAGGAAGUGCACUGGGUGACCGGCAUUGACAAGCUGAAUCAGUUUAGUGAUCCGUACUUGGCGUACGGGAACGAGCCUGAUCUCGGGUUCGUCUACGGCAAUAUGUGCCUCAUUGUGCGGAUUGGGCCGCACGGGGCAAGGAAGGACAGUGUGCACCCGCGUAAGAAGAAGUCUCAGGGUACCGAGGGCGAGGGUGUACUGACGACUGCCGUGCUGAGAGGCUACAAGACAUUGACACUCGAGAUGGCGGUUGAAAGCAGUAUCGUCGCGAACCGGACGACGUUCCCGAUAUUGCAGCUACCAACAGAGCUUUGCUGCUACAUAAUCAGCGAAAUCGACUCGCCGGCAGAUCUACUGCGCCUAGCGCUGACAGCCCGCUGCCUGUGUGACAUUAUCAUACCCGACCACCUCGAGUACCGAAGAAUCACGAAUCAUAUCCUCGGUCGACCGCUUUGGACGCAUCUGGCAAACCACCGUGGUUUGGCAGAGAAUGUCAGGGAGCUUACUAUUCGAUUGUCGACCCAUUACAAAGUGCCCGGUGGCCUCGUCGUGCACAGACUGCCCCGGUCUACCGCGGAGUUAGAGUAUGCGUUUCUGGAAGCUAGGCCGGAGUUGUGUAAAGCAAUGAGACGGAUGACCGGGUUGAAGUCAUUUCGAUGGGCGCUUUCGGAGAGAAGUCCAGACGGGCACGAUAUGGUGUGGGAGACACUCCUGAAUUCGUGUCCGAACCUGUCCGAACUGCAGGUGGAAGACUACGGACGACGUAUUCCAGGUAGAGAAAUACCGCUAUUCCAUGAGUGGAAGCUGUUCGACCUUAGGAACCUUACAACCGUGAAAGUUCACAGCAUGGCCUACCGCACCCUCCCCUCGACCCCUCCUGCCCUCCUCACGCGCCUCCAAUCUUUCCUGCUCUCCUCCCCCGCCCUGCGCUCCCUCGAUCUCAUGUUCAUCUACGCUGACCCCGAGAAUGCGCGUACCCCUCUCGACAGCAUCCUCGCCCUCGCGCACUGGCCGGCGCUCACGCACCUCUCCCUCGCUUACGUCUCUUGUGCGGCUUCGACCGUCGCCUCCUUCCUUUCGCGGCACCCUUCACUCGAGUCCCUCAGCAUCAAGCACGAUGGCGAAGGUCGAUUCGACCUUUCCCUCCUCCCGGCGCGUGUCCUCUCGAAUCUCAAGAGCUUUGAGGGCGCCUACACCCCUAUCCUGCACCUCUCGCGCGUCGCGCCUGAGCCGCCGGUGGAGGUAGUGAAGUUCGAGUGCCGGUACGAGGAGGAGUACGCGGGGCUCGCGCGGGCGUUGCGGGCAUUCGAGCGGACACUGCGGCGGGUGGAGGUGCCGAGUAUGGGUUUAGGGACGGGGGAGGGCGCGGGGUGGCAGAGAGUGUGCGAGGCCCUGCCGGAGGUAACGGUGCGGGAUCAUCGGACGAGCUGGUGUUUGAGGAAGAUGGCGGAGAGGAGUGGGAGUUGGGUCGUGACGGUGGCUUAG